GGGCGUUGUAGCGCAGUGGCGCGCCGACUCCUGUCCUCCGGUAUCCCGUCAGCAUGAAGACAGAAGCGCGUAGAUCAGAGCAGCAUUGUGCACAUGCUUUCUCUCAGCUACUACUUUAACUAACUCACACUUAGCCAAGAUGGCGGAUUCCGACGACUGGGACGCUGAUAACUUCGAGCCAACUGAGCCGAUCGUAAGUGGCGCCGGGCGGCUGGAUCGAUGGGAAGGCGAGGACGAGGAGGAAGACGUGAAGGACAACUGGGAUGAUGAGGAGGAGGAGGAAAAGGAAGAAGAAAAGAAAGUUGAACAGACAAAAGCAGACAAACCCCCUGAGAAGAAAAAAUUAAGUGAUAAAAUAAAAGAGAAAGAAAUUUUGCAAAAGAAAAAACAAGAGGAGUUGAAAAAGAAGAUGCAUGAAACAGAGCAAAGUGAGACCCUAUCACCAGAGGAGGAGCUUGCCGAAAAGCUUCGACUGAAGAAACUGCAGGAGGAGGCAGACAUGGAAUUGGCCCGUGAGGCAUUUGGUGUUGAUCCUGCUGCUGCAAAUGCCUCUACUACUGUUAUCACAACCAACAAUGCCUCUGGAAUUGAAGCCAUGUGCCCUUCAUCCAAAGAUGACUUUGUUGCAUUUGAAAAAGUACUGAAAGAUAAGAUAACACAGUUUGAAAAAUCAGUGCAUUAUUCCAGCUUUUUGGAGUCACUGUUUCGAGAGCUUUGUAUUUCGUUGGAAGUAGAUGACCUGAAGAAAAUAAGUAAUUCUUUGUCUGUUCUGCUCAGUGAAAGACAAAGGCAAGAAAAGGAAAAGAAAGCAAAUAAGAAAAAGAAGAAAGGUGUAGUCCCUGGCGGUGGAUUAAAAGCAAACAUGAGAGAUGACUUUGCUGAUUAUGGCGGUUUUGAUGAUGGCUAUGGCAAUGACUAUGAUGACUUCAUGUGACGAAGGUUCAUCGCCCCCCUUCCCAUUCCCUCUGUGCCCAGAUGCCCUUUCAGACAUGCAACAUUACUCUUUCAUGCUUUUCAGUGCCAUCUUGGACACUGAACAAUGUGUCAACCCUUUACUUGGUUCCAGUGGUGACAGACUCCUCAUAAAGCUGCUAUCAGCCCAUUGCACCCCAGCGGCAAAUGGGGAAAAAAUUAAAUUUAUUCAGAUGGCCUUGAAAUCUCAUUUUUCUUUCUAAAACAGACUGUGUGAUGUGGGACAUUUUUGAUGGAGGCGUUACCUCUGAUUGGCUUAAAUAAGCAUUUCAAUGCCUUAUAGAGAACUUUGCAGACAAUGUCUCUUUUGUUUUCAUUGAAAGUGACUUAUGUUUUUAAAGCUGUGCAGUUUCAGUUACACAGAAGUAAAUGUGAUGCUCUAUGCAAAUUAAUUUCUUCCAAGAAUGUCCUUAUUGAAAGUAUGGUUGUAUGUUUCUUGCAUAUUUACGCACAAUUGGAAACAUUAUCGGUUUUCCCAGUGUGAACCAUCCAGCAUUUGAAAUCAAAAUCGGAUGUUUGUCAGUGCUUUGAGUCAACACUACAUGAUGAACAAGAGGUGGCCCACUGACUAAACGAAAGGAAGGAAAAAAUGAAAGUAAAACAAAACUGAAACCAAGCAUCAUCUUGAAACUGUUGACAUUGCCUUCAUAUGAAUUCAGAAUAGAUUACCUGUUGUGCAGUUGUUUUCUCCGCCAAAGUAUAUUUUAAAUGAACUCAGUAUUGCUGCACAUGAAUGAUAUUCAAUAUUGCUGCUCAUAUGACAGUAUAUGAUCAGUUUUAAUCACUAAUUGAAGUCUGUGGGUCUCUAUUUUGUUUGACUCAUUGUCAUAUACAGUGAGCUUCUGCAGGCAUGUCUGGAGUGAAAUGAAAUGCAAACUUGUUAUCAGCAAAAAUAUAAAAAAACAGCUUAAAAGAUCUCACAAACUGUUAAAAUUGGACAAAAACAAUACAGAGACGCAAAGGCAUUGUUUUUAAAGAUCUACUUUAAUAAAAUCAUUGGACUAAAGGUA